GGUCUGGGGGAAGGCAGGUGCGUUCUAGACUGGGGCCAUGAGCUGGAGGAUGGGCCUGGGGUCCCAGUGGCCCCUAGCAUUGGUGACAAUGCUAAACUUAUUGAAUCUGCUACCGCUGGGAAGGGGGGCUGAUGGGAAAGAAGAAGUUCCCUGUGGCAUGGCCUCACAGGCACGGAUCGUGGGAGGUACCAAUGCCUCCCCAGGCCAGUGGCCAUGGCAGGUCAGCAUCACCUACAAUAGCGUCCAUGUAUGCGGUGGCUCUCUUGUAUCCAAACAGUGGGUGCUGACAGCUGCCCACUGCUUCCCAAGGGAGCACAGGCUGGAUGACUAUGAAGUGAAGCUGGGGGCCCAUCAACUCAGCACCUAUAACCCUGACGCAGAGGUUAAAACUGUAGCCAAGGUCUUCACUCAUCCCAACUACGUGGAAGAGGGCUCUCAGGGCGACAUUGCUCUCCUUCAGCUGAAAUCUCCUGUGACCUUCUCGAGGUACAUCCGUCCUGUUUGCCUACCAGCAGCCAAUGCCUCCUUCCCCAAUGGACUCCACUGCACUGUCACAGGCUGGGGUAAUACACACAGCUCAGUGAGUCUUCCCAACCCCAAGAUCUUGCAGCAGCUGGAGGUGCCUUUGAUCAGUCGAGAAACGUGCAACUGUCUUUAUAACAUAAAGCCUGACCCUGAGGAACCACACGUCAUCCAGCCAGACAUGGUGUGUGCUGGCUUUGUACAAGGUGGCAAAGAUGCCUGCCAGGGAGACUCUGGAGGGCCACUCUCUUGUCCUGUGGGAGGUCGCUGGUUCCUGGCUGGUGUUGUGAGCUGGGGAGAUGCCUGUGGGGCUCCCAACAGGCCUGGAGUCUAUACUCUGACCGCUAACUACGCUUCAUGGAUCCAACACAAGGUCUCAGAGAUCCAGCCUCACUAUGUGCCCCUGACCAAAGAGUCCCAUUUGGAUAUGGACUUGUGCAAAAAGAAACUUGGCGAGCUCAUCUCAGCCUCAGCCCUGCUGGCCCCAAGCCUGCUGCUGUCCCUUGGUGUGUCAGUCUUUUGUCACCUUGUGCUCUAGAACAGAGCACCAUUUCUACAGACUUUGCCUGGUUUGGCUGGAGGGCUUAGUCCCUUAUCUACUCACUGCCUCCUGGAUAACUGACACUUUACACAACCUUAGAGGACUGAGAGAUGCUCCCUUCUUACUGGGAUUGUGAAUUGUGGUCAUCAAUGGCCUUGAAUGCUCAUUACCUGAGUAACUUGGGGAUCAAUAACCUCAGACUCAGUUUCCUUGUCUGUAAAAUGAGAAGAUUGGAUCAUAUGGCCUCCAAGGUCCCUUCCAGCUGUAAUUCCCUGAGGGCUGAGGAGGGACCAAGGGGACUUCCUGACCUUUGAGCCAGCUUCUUCCACACCAGGACAGCAAGGGUUCUGUGUGUAGUUUGGGGCCUCCUUUGAGUUAUUUGUGGCCUGAGCCUUUCUUCACUGUCAGGAUUGUGUCUGUUUGUUGUCAAGAAGUCUCUUAGCAGAGACC